AUGCCUCGAGGAAAUUCUCGCAAGAAGAUGCCUGUCGCUGCAACGACGACGACGACACAAAGAAACGAGAACACCAAAAGUAAAUCCGUAAAGACGCCUCCGCCUUUAUUGAACGAAAACUCUCCCCAAGAAAGCAAGUUAAAUGCCAACGCCCCCCAAGAAGCUGAGCCCGAGCCAAAAAUCGCUCGUAAAGGUCAAGAGCAUCUCGGCCGUUGGACUGAGCCAGAACAUGAUCGCUUUUUAGAAGGUCUCGCAAAACAUGGACGUGAAUGGAAGAAGGUGGCUGCUUCCGUGCAGACUCGAACCGUCAUGCAAGUGCGGACUCACGCUCAGAAGUACUUUGCUUUGCUGAAUGCAGGCCAGACUAUGAACAAGUUUGCUACCACAACACCACCUACCCGCCAAGAAGCCGCCAUCAAAGCAGAUCAGAAAGAAAAGGCCCUGAAAACUAAGAUGGGCAAGGCUAAGACUUUGGACGGUGCCGCGGUGGCCAGAUCCGAACCUGCGGUAGCCGUUCCCAAUUUGGCGACCGCUUCUCAACCUUCGGUGUCGCAACCCCAUCCGAACUUGCCUGGAUUGGGUAAUCCUGGAUUGCCCAACGUCCACAACUUGCUAGCCAUUCAACAACAGAAGCUGAUGUACCAACAUCGGGUCAUGGCUCAUCAGAACGCCAUGUUGCAGCAAAAGACCAUACACACGAUUCCCAGUCGCGUGAUCGAUGCGCCUGUACAGACGGCUCCUAACACCACCGUGGCAAAGGCACCGUCUGGUCCGCUUUUGCAGGGGAACGACAUUGUCAUUUUCCCCGACACAUCUGUCAACCCUGCAUCUCAUCGGCCCUCUAACCAAGAAUACGAAGACUUGCUACUCAUCAAUUGCUUUUACUGGCACUCGUUACCAGCCGGAUUUCAGUGGCCAUACGUUCAGCGGUUGUACACCCUACUCAAGUUGCGAGGAUUACGUAUGGUUACUUUGUGGCAGGACGGAAGCGUUCACGACUUUGUGCACGGUCCUUGGCAAAUUGCCAAAGAAAUGCGUGACGAGACGUUCAAGCAGAAAGCUUUGGCAAAGUAUGGCUCGAUGCACGUAACGGGAAAAACGGUGGGACUCUGCGUCGCCUACAAGGACAACGAGUGGAAUGUGCUUGACGUUGAAAAGUAUGCAAAAUGGGAUUCCAAUCUCGUAUCCGGUGGUGGUUUGGUGCGUCUUCCUCAGGGUGUGACACUCGCUCCGGUCCACUACCAAACCGAUGCCACGUCGGAAGUCACGGACAAGUCGACUCCACAAAUGACCCCACCACGAAAGUCAAAGACUCCUCGACAAAACGAGUCACUUCAACAGGUGCACAAGGAAUUUUCUAAGCGAUCCUCUUCUUCAGCCAGUCUCGAUACGGCUCCGGUGAACGCAAAGAAAGACACUAAACAAAAGACUGAAAAAAAUACUUCCGCUGCGAAAAAGUCUGCCGCCGCCAAAGUUAAGGUGGAGAAGGAAAGUGACAAGUCUCUCCUGAAGAAAGCGAAGAAAAGCAGAACUAGUGUUUCGUUCCCGUUGAGAUCCCAAGCUAAAGAGGCUAAACCACGAAAGUCGAUGUCGGCUUUGAAGAAACGGUCAGAAUCUCCGACGGCAACAGAUCCACCGCGCUCGGCCCGCCGUUCCAAGCGACAGCGUUUGUAAGUGGGGAAAGGGCGGCUUUUCGCCUUGACCGUUCUAAUGUGAUAUGUUUGUGAUGGGACCCUUUUGGGAAAUUGGCGGAGUGAUCUGAGCAAACCAAAAGUUGCGGGGAAGGGAAUAUACUACGUGGUCAGUUCUGUAUACGCAACGGGAGAACGUAAAGAAAAGAAUAUAAAUAUGAAAUGUGGGGUGUUG